AUGUCAACAUACGACAUCAUGUAUCGUCCACAGCAUCAUCCAGAGCUGCUGCUAUCCAAGAGCCCACCUGAUCAUGCUGGCACCACUCCCACCACCACUGGCACAAGGCAAAAACUUCCAUCCUCAUCCUCAUCAUCAUCCGUUGUCGCACGCCAUCCCAAGAGAUACACCUAUCGGCCUUGUCCCAUAUGCCAAAACCGAUUGCUUGUUCGCAUCCAUGGUAGCUUGGUCUACAAAUGGAUCAUUGAACAUUUCGCCGUCAAGCACAAUGAAUGGCUACAUGUUGUUGUGAACCUUCACGAAUCAUGGAACUAA